AUGGAUUCCCACGCUCUCCUUACAUCGCAGGGUUGGAGGGGAACGGGACACUCCCUCCACAAGACUGACGACGCAGUCGGCCUCUCCAAGCCUCUCCUGCUCUCGAGAAAAGACGACACCAAAGGGCUCGGGACGAAACAGCACUUUACGAGCGAUCAGUGGUGGAUGAAUGCUUUCGACGAACAACUUCAAGGCCUCGACACAUCGAAACCUGGCACCGUGACGCAAAAAGUGACGACGGGGAAGCUCAAUUCGAUAGACAAGGGGUCCCUCGGCAAGUGGUACUUGUAUCAAUCGUUCGUUCGAGGGGGGCUCUUGGAAGGAUCGCUGGGCAUGGCAGAAAAGGAUACGUCGUCCACCGACUCCGACAGCGCCACUCCAACAACAUCCGACGGUACCGAGAACAAAAGGGAGACGAAGGAAGAGCGAAAGGCGAGAAAGGAGAUGAAACGUCGGCGAAAAGAGGAGCGAGAAAAGACUAGGGCGGCCCGGCGCGAGCGCAAGGCAGCAAAAGCCCGGUGCAAGGCCGAAUUGAGCGCCGAUGCGGACGACGAAAAAAAGCUGCGUCGCGCAAGAAAAGAAGAGAAACGACGUAAGCGAAAAGAGAAGGAAUCGAAAGGGGUGGGAUCCAAGGGUGUCAGUAGCUGA